UGUAAGGCUCUUGAUCUGGCCGCCACUUCCCUCUUCCUCUUCCACCUUUCAACUCCUCCCCCCUUCUCUUGGGCUUCUUUCUCUCGUCCUCAACCUCGAUUCUCAGCAACCCUUCUGUUUCCAAGGGGCUGUGCUGUGCUUUACUCAUCAUCAAGCGACUCGCCGCAGCUCGACCCUUCAUCAUGCGGCCUAUCUGCUUCCUCUAUCUGCUCGCCUUCUGCCUGAUCAUCAGACCAGUCACUUCUGGAAGCAUUGGCAUUGGCGCUUGCAUCACUCUCAACUGCGCCCCUGCAGAGUGCAAGUGCACAAAAAAUUGUCCCUGUCCUCCGCUAGAGGCCGAGCGGAGGGGCUUCACAGUCGUGGACCCUAUAGCUCUCGCAAGCGAGCCUGAUGUCUUGGACGUCUCCAUACAAGAACGCGCAAGUGUGCCCACCAACCGCCGGACAACGGAAGGCGAUGGCGGCGCAACGGUGGUGCUGCCGGCGCUGGUCACGCGCCAAAAGCCUACCGACGAAGCCCUUGCGAAACGCCGAGUCAACGUGGCUUACUGCCACUAUCCCGGAUAUUGUCCCGAGAUCUGUGCUGGCAAAGGCGGCUGCCCAUCAAAUCCCACUCAGUGCCAUUUUCCGACGCAUUGCCCCGUGGGGUGUGAAGCGAAAGGCGGCUGUCCUUCCACCCUUGCGAAACGUCAAGUCAACAUGUCUUAUUGCCACUAUCCCGUAUGGUGUCCCGAGAUAUGUGCAGGCUUAGGUGGCUGCCCAUCGAACCCCACUCAGUGCCAUUUCCCCACGCAUUGCCCUGAGGGAUGUGAAGCGAAAGGCGGCUGUCCUCCCAAAAUUGCCAGGGUACCCGCAGCGGCAAAAUUGCUCAAACGGUCACUUGCUUGUGCUUGGCCAGAUUUGUGUCCACAAGGCUGCGAAGGGCAGGAGGGCUGUCCUGGGCAAUUUUCAGGCACUAUGAUCCAGCGCAAGAGCGAGGAUGACUCUCACACUUCUCAAAGCGAACACCUAUCCCGUGACGUAUCAGCAGCGACCGUCGACAUCAGCGGCAAAAUCCCUUUUCCGGAAAAUGACUGCAGCUAUCCGCAUUGUCCUGCAGGAUGCGACGGAAUAGGCGGCUGCUCUGGCGGCCCUUGGGUCGUUGCUAGGAGCAAAAGCGUGGCUGUCACAAGCGCGAUCGAGCAGAGAGGUGUGGGUUCGACAUCCUCGACUUUAUUGAGCUCUGAUCAGGCGUCGAUUCCCAUCAGCCGACGUGGGUACCAGGAUGACUUCAUGGAGAUUAGAAGUAAGAGAGAGCCGGCCAACCUCAUAUCUUCUAGCCUGACACGGCGACAGGAUCCAACGCAGUGCUUUCCACCCUGCCCGAACUGGUGCUUGGGGCUGGGUAAAUGUGCAGCCGGAGACAGCGCGGCAUCGCAAAGCUCUUUACAUGAAGAAACGCGCCAAGAUGAAUCUCUUGGACUCAGGAGGCUUCAGCUACCGACUGUCAACGGGCUUUCAAAUCUGAUACAGCGGGAGGAAGGGGCGCCUACCUGUCUGAUGCCCAAUUGUCCUAAGAUAUGUGCCGGACUCGGAGAUUGCCCGGGUCUCGCUGGCGCGCCAUCGAAUCUGAUUGCGCGGCAGACAGUGGGUCGCCAGACCGGUUUGCCAUCAAAUUACGAGGCAACCUUGACUCGUAGAACGACGCUCGGUGUCACAAGCUCUCCUGUUCAAAACGAAGUGCUCAGCAGAAACAUCGACACAGACCCAUCGUCGAAUGAACUAGACUAUAUCCUGGACUGUCCUCCGGAUUGCCCAAAUUUCUGCGAGAGUCCCACGGUCUGCCUGGCAAAAGCGGAAAUAGUGCAAGAUCGAAGCGCAGAGGACGACACCUCGUCUGAGGAACUCGCAAAAAUCAAGCGCUCGAGCGACUCCAACGAGGUUGCAAGGAUUGACGCGCUCUCCAGACACAUCGAAACAAACCCAUCGUUGACAGAGCAAGAUGCUUUGACUGACUGUCCUCCAGAAUGCCACAAAUUCUGCACCCCUUCUGGGAUAUGUCUGGCAGAAGGGGAGACAGUGCAAGGUCAAAGCGUUAAGGAUGGCGCCUCAUCUGAAGAAUUCGCGAACAUCAAGCGUCAACACGUCUUUGCUUGCCCUGCGGAAUGCUUCUACACUUGCGACAAGAACAACGGGAAAUGUCCGGAUCCACCGGCCGGUACGCUUGAGCGUAGCAUUGAAGACAUUACGGAAAUGGCAGGAUCCGAAGCUGUAACCCAAAGUGAUCAGGAUUGUCCUGCAGAGUGCCCCAAAACCUGCUUAUCAGCUUUUGAGUGCCCACUCAAAUCCACCAGCACGGUGACGGUCAGGCGUAUGGUGGACGGGACCGCGAAUGCGGCAGCCUCUGUGUCGCUGACGAAGCGCGUCCACACCUACGUAUGUCCGCCCGAAUGCCUCCACGAUUGCGACCGAUAUGGAAAUUGCCCAUCUCCGCCUGCUUUCACCAUCAAUCAUUCCAUCGACGAGACGCCAGCUAGUGAGCUCACGGCCUUCGUCAAGCGUAAAGACGUACCCACGUGCCCUGAAGAGUGCCCGAACAACUGCCUCCGGGAUGGCGAGUGUCCGACUGUGGCAGAUGUCGUCCAGCUCCGCAUGGCGCCUGGAACAUCCGACGCGGCGGGCCUUGCACCAAAUUUCGUGAAGCGUCAAGGCGUCAACGGCGAUUGUCCGGAGGAGUGUCCAGACAGUUGCAAUCCCGCCGGAGAGUGUCCGCCUACCGCCUCUCUGACUAAGCGCGCCCGAGCCGAUGAAUGUCCACCGGAUUGUCCCAAGGGAUGCGACCAUCAAGGGAUCUGUAUCAUCUACUCAUGCCCUGCACGAUGUCCCAACGAUUGCGACGAGACAGGGGAUUGUCUCAAGCCACCGCCUGGCGUACAGACUCACAAUCUACAGACCGGCCAAACGCCCGACGCAGCAGACGCCAGUGCUGCAUCGCGUCGUAGUUCUGCGACGAAUCCUGCGGCACCAACCGAUGCCUUGGGACUAGUUCAGUCUCGCAGCGAACCCGCCGGCCGAGCAACCACACCAACCAUCACAAGCUUGACCACUCGAAGUCCCACGGACGCAUCUCCGUCAACUUUCAUGCCGCUGCUUCUAGCGGAGCGUCAGGACGCUACCGCCUGCAUUCCCAAAAGUUGUGGACCAGGUUGCGUGCUACCUUGCAAGCCGACCAUGGGGGUGACCAUCUGCAUUCCUCCAUCUCAUUGCGGACCUAGCUGUGCCGGAGUCAAUGGUUGCCCCAAAACUGCGCUCAGACCCCGGCAUAUAGCAGCCAGUACAGAGCUUGCAGAACGAGAGGACGCUACCGACUGCAUUCCUAAAAGCUGUGGACCAGGUUGCGUGCUACCUUGCCAACCGACUCCGGUGGUGACCAAUUGCGUUCCUCCAGCUCACUGCGGACCUAGCUGUGCCGGGAUCAAUGGCUGCCCCAAAGUUGCGCUAAGACCCCGGCACAUAGCAGCAAGUAAAGACCUUGCAAAACGAGAGGACGCUACCGCCUGCAUUCCUAAAAGCUGUGGAGCAGGUUGCGUGAUACCUUGCCACCCAACUCCAGGCGUAACCAUCUGCAUCCCUCCAUCUCACUGCGGACCUAGCUGUGCCGGUGUCAACGGCUGCCCCAAAAUUGCGCUACGUGACCUUGCUCGAAUUUCGGCAUCCCCAACACUUGCACGACUGGCCGAGCGACAGCCACUGGGUCCCACGUACUGCAAUGCACCAGACUGCGGACCAGGAUGCGAGGGUGUGGGUGGCUGCCCCGAAUCUGUGCUCAGGCCCCGUGACCUUGAGAGUCCGGCAUCCCCCGCACUGUCCCAACUGGCCAAACGACAGCCACUGCAGGGUCCCACGUACUGCUCUGAACCAAAUUGCGGACCAGGGUGCGAGGGUGUGGGUGGUUGCACGGCCGACGCCAUUCAAGCCAGACAAAAACCUUCUUGGACGUUGAACUGCCACUACCCUAACAAUUGCCUCAUCGGAUGUGCUGGGCUCAUGGGGUGCCCGAAGUCAGUAUCCGAUCGAGUGCUACACCUCAAAGGGCGCUCCUGGGCUAUAGGCAACGCACGCCAAGUUGCCCCGAAUGCUCAAGGCACGUCCAGUAGUCCUGACCGCCGAACAGCCGGGUGUGUAGGAUCUGAUGGAUGCCUUCCGAGUCCCGCGGCUUUUCAGCGUAGAGCAGUGCCACCAUUCUGUCAUGGCGCUUCGCAAUAUUGCCCAAAUGGCUGCGCGAAUGUAGCAGGGUGUCCUCCAAUAGCACGUCGAUCGGACCUACUACCUUCUUCCCGCCGUGACGGAGUGGGCGAAAAGGCGCUCGUCAAGCGCUCUUCUGUAUUCGACGAUCUCAACGCCACCAAGCCGCCGGAGGAGCCGCGAGGGAAGAGGGACGCAUCCGCGCCGUUCUCUCUGGACGAGACUCUCAAAGGCCGAGAGCCUGCGGGCAGUCCUUGUCAACAUCAAGGUCUGCUCGGACGCGAAUGCCUCGAAGUGAACAGGCGAGCCGGCGGCGACUCCGCCAUUCAUGAUGCCCAGCUUCCUGCGGUUGGGGUCCCCGUGACAGGCAAGGAUGAGAUCUCCAUGCGAAAGAGGGUGCCUGCAUAGAGACGAGAAGUUACUGCUAAAAGGCGUCGACCAGCAGCUCCCUCGACGUCUGCUCUCCCAUCGAAAAUCUUGAAUGCGUCCCAUAAAACGAUUCGACCUCGCCGUGACCCCUGUU